AUGCUUGUGGUGGUUCGCGCAGGGCUGAGCCCGGCUGGACAGACGGCGGUGACGGCAGCGACGGCGACGGCGGCGGCGGUGGUGGGUACGGCGGGAGCUGGUGGGAAGGCAUGGGUGUCGACUGGAGCGGGUGAGACGCCAAUGGUGAACAACCCGAAGACAAAGACACCGUACACGGACGCACUGCUGGGGCCGGACGGCGGGGCGGCGUCGCAGAAGCCCUCGUGGCGGUCGCGGCUCGCCCGAGUCCCCUUCAUCGGCAACUACGUGACCGAUCCCGAGGCUGAGAAGCGCGAGGCGCAGGUGGCGGAGCAGACGAAGAAGGCUGCGGCGUCGAUGCCGCGGCGGCCGGGGCUCAAGCUGCCGAACCCGAACCUGUACAUUGCCUCGCCGAACAUCACGGUGGACAAGUUCAAGGUGCCGUCGGUCGAGGCUGCGGCCGAGACCGAGGCUGCCGGAUGGUGGGCCAACUACCGCGAGUCGGCGCAGGAGGCCUCGCGCAACACCAUGGCCGUCAUGGCCAUCAAGAAGGAGAUGGACGGGUUCACCCCGGCCAAGUUUGAGGAUCUUGCCGGCGAGUCUUACGUCAUCGUCAACGAGGCCUUUUACGCCGGCAAGCUCGCCCCGCUCCGCCAGCUCACCACCGAGAAGCUCUUCACCGCCCUCAAGCGUGAGGUCAAGCUUGCUCGCGAGGCCGAGCGCAACUACGAGUGGUCGCUGGGUGAGUACACUGUCGCGCCCAAGAUCAUGCAGUCGCGCGCCUUCCCGCUCCGCGACGACCAGGACCUCUGGGCCCAGAUCACCGUCAAGUUUGAGUCGCUCCAGUCGCUCCGGGUCACCUCGGCCGUCACCGGCGAGCUCAUCAAGGCCGUCGACGAGACGCCCAUUGUCGAGUACUGGGUCUUUGAGCGCCGUCUCCGCGCGCCCGACGACACCCACUGGCGCAUCUGCGACCGCCUCAUCUGAGCCCCCAAUACGCAUCCGCCAUAAAAACACCAGCUCAGGUCAA